AUGACAAGCUCACCUGGAUCCAUCUCAAUCCCACCUCCACCCCCUCUCGACCCACCUGAAGAACCAACCAACACCCUAGCAUUGCUCUUACCCAACCAAGCGUUAUUCUCUCCUCCAAUCCUGGCACUGCUCAAAGAUCAUUAUGGUUUAUUUGGCGAUAUAGUCCAUUGGGCACCUGUGAAAGGGUUCGGGAGGGCGAUAGUGGUAUUUGCGACUAAUGAAGAUGCAGAGAGGGCGAAGAAGGAAGGCGAUUGGUUGAAAUUAGAUUUGACAAGUAGUCCUUCCGCUGAGACUGGGGCUGGUGGCGAUGAACAGGAAGGACAGCAGCGCCAGCGCAAUCAGGUUGAGAAAGAGGAGAUGGCGCAGGAUAAAAGGGAAGAUGGGUAUUUCACCCCAAAAGAUACAAAUAAGAGGAGGAGUAAGAGACAGUCCGAUGUUUUGAAAGCCAACGAACUUAUACUUCGAUUACAUUAUCUCCCUCCUACACCACUCAAUCCCGAUCCAGCAUCAUUCCAUCUCGCCCCUCCUUCAAUACCACAUAAUUUCUUGAUAUCCCCUCCCGGAUCACCCCCAGAGGGAUGGGAACAGAUCGCCGAAGAAGGACCCAACACGUCCAUAUUGGCUGAAGACCUCCAGAGAGCUUUGGAGGCAUUAGCGCUGAAUGGUGCAGGAGGCAGACAGAAGGGAGGUAAAGAGGUUAUACUGGAUGAAGGUGGUGUGAGAGUAGAAGUUGAAGAUACGACCAAACAAUCCGAUGCCGAUGAAGGGGUAGAUGAAAGGUGGGAAAUGGAUGUGGAGGAAAGGUUAGAUAUUUCUACCAGUCAUGAUAUUUGGAAUUCACCCAGUCAGAGUAAUUUCGCUACCACCGUUGGUGGACCAAGUGGGUUAGGCGGACUAGGUGGACUGAGUGGGAGUGGUACACCAAUGGGAAAAGUCAAGAUUGCUCCUACGGCUAGACCACCUAUGUGA